CCUCCGGGCACCGCGGGCCCUCCCGCCCCCGGCUCCCGCCCGGCCCGGCCCGGCCGCGGGUGCGCAGGCGCCGCCGUCCCGGGAGCUGUGGCCGCGCCGGGAAGUUGCUCUGGGUGUGCCCGCGCCGCUCCCGCCAUGUCGGGCUCCUCCAACGUGGCGGCCAUGAAGAAAGUGGUGCAGCAGCUGCGCCUGGAGGCGAGUGUGACCCGCGUGAAGGUUUCUCAGGCUGCCGCUGACUUGAAGCAAUUCUGCCUGCAGAACGCGCAACAUGAUCCCCUACUGACAGGAGUAUCAUCAAGUACGAAUCCAUUCAGACCCCAGAAAGUUUGUUCUUUUUUGUAAUUACGUGAACUACUUCAGUAUCUUUCAGUGAUCUUUUACCAUCUUCUCCUACUUGCUGAUGUGUGUAUGAGCAGAAUGCCUCAAGGAGCGGCCUGGUUUGAAGUCUGUACAAAAGCUUAGCUUUAACGUGCCAAAUCUAACUCUACAAGUGCUACUGUUGUCAAACCUCUUACCAUCUACCUCUCCAAAUGAACUGUAUGCUAGUUCUGUAUUUCUGUUUCAUAAGGGAAUCAGUUUUAUAUGCCAAGCAAAAAAUAAAAGUGUCUUGACUUAGUCUGGUCUUUAAA